AUGCUGAGAGCUGCGGGAGGAGAGCAAGGGAUCAGCACAUUUGUUCACGCUCACUUCACGAGGGACAAGGUAGCAGCAACGGAGAGCUUCCCCAAGUUCCACGUUGAGAGGCGGGAUGACGUGAGUGCAGACAAGAUCGGCAAGAAGAGCACGAGCACGGAAGACCAUGUGUCCUCUGACGAGUGCCAUCCGAGCUACGAGAUCGCUAACUCGUCGACAUGGCUGGAGAUCAUGUGCGCAGACGGCAGCCAAGGAUGGCAGUGGAGGGAAGACAGGGAAUGUAAGGGGUUGCACCAUGUGUUCUUCCAGGCGCUUGAGGACGUCUCAGUCUACUUCUGCCAUGUCUCCGGCAAGACGCUCGGGUUGUCCGACGACAGCAUGUACACGAUCAAAGUGUUCAAGGGAAGCUUGUCGAUCCUGUCGUUCUCCACUCAAGAGGAUUGCGAGGUCAUGCAGAAGAACGGACUGCACGUGUGGUAUGGUGGCAAUCCAGAAGAAAUGUCGAUCAAGCCAUGCGGAAGCUCCGGCGAACUGGAGGGGAUCUUGAAGCAGAGGGCAUGUUGUCUGCAUGAAGCGUCGGAGCACGAGUACGUGUACGAUCGCAGAAUAGAGAGCAGCGGCAGUCGGAUGAACUUCACAUGGAGGGCAUGCCUGUUUGAAUGCCAACAGGACAGAGACACCUCAAGUCUCGAUCGCUCAAGUUUGGUUCAGAGGUCGUUCGUGGAGACGCUGGACGACAUAACCGACAGGAUAACCGACGGCAUGUCCGGUGCUUACCUGAGAUUCCUGCCAGAGGAUGUGUGGGAGGCUUAUCAAGGUUUGGAGCAGGCGGAAGAGACGUUGGCCAUGAUUCAGUCUAUAUCUCUUGGACAGAGGGCUGCCGACACAGGAGAGAUCACUCACGACUUCCAGUAUGCCUUCCACGCGAUGGGAGCAGCUGCGAUAUUUGACGACGACCGUCUUAUGCGAUUCUUGUGCUUCGUGCGGCAACGAGGUCCCAGCUUGUUCAUCGGCCCUCCGGAUGUGCAAUUGUACAUUAAGCACCUCCUCGUGGGCCCGGGUUGUACCUUCCUUCCGAUCCAGCGAGGUGACGUCAUCAACUCUCAAACUCUAGCCGACAUCCACCAAGAGGCCAUGCGGGUGCUGAUGCUGAAGUCCAAGGACAGCGGGAGCGAGCUGAGGGCGCAGGUGGUGGUCAUUCAUGCAGGGUCUGCGACCCCAGUCCUGCAGAAGCGAAUCUUGUCGUCUAGUCAGGCUGCACAGCUCAAGGUCUUCUCCAUCGACUUGAGCGAGAUGGUUCAAACCUUAGGGUUCGACAACCUGGACCUGGACACCUCUGGAGCUGGCUUCUCCUCCUCCUCCUCCUCCCUGGUGCAAGAGACAGGGAUCAAGUCCCAGGACCUCCUCAACCAACUCUCCAUCGCUACCAAGACCCGCCGAAAGAUUCGUUUCCUCGUCACCACGGCGCUGGUCACUGGGGAGGAUGACAGGUGGAGCCGGCAGGAGCUGUACAGGGGGACGUUCAAAGCUCUUGCUCGCCUCGGGUAUCCCGAUCCUCUAAUAGUCGAGGCCGUUCAUGGAGGGGAGUCUCGGAGCUUCUUAGAAGGCUAUGGGCACGUGGUCUACACCGACCUCAACGACUUUGAGAACCAGGGCAACAACGAGGGCAGGUCGAUGCUGCUGGCGCUUCAGACUUGGGAUGUGAAAGAUGAUGUGAUGGUCAUCAAGCUCACGGGUCGAUACUCCCCCGCUGAUCGCAGACUCGUUCAGGUCUCCAUGAACGACGGGUUGAUGUUCACCGGCUGCUUUGCGAUGAGGAAAGGGCUCCUGCAGGAGGCUCUCAGCGCGAUGGACUGGAACCAAUACGAGGUCCACAGACUCCGUCAGAUCUGCGAACCGGACGAUUGGCUGCUCGAGAGGACAGUGAGCUUCGAGGCAUGUAAGGUCAACCCUGUCGCAUCCUGA